AUGCCCGACUCUACGCCACAAUCGCAAGCAUCGCGCGCCCCUUACGACCGCCACCGAAAUGCGAUCCGGCUUGGUCCCGCCACCAGACCUGUCAGCUACCUGCGCUCCGGACUCGUCGCCGCGUCUUACCCGCUACGAGGCAUCUUCUACUUUGUGCGGCAUCGGUACUUUUGGCCGCUCUUCUGGGGACGCCUGCUGCCGCUGUCUCUCAUCUCUUUUCUCGUCUACUUCUUGCUCUUUGCCUUUGCUUUUUUGCCGCAGUAUGCCUUCCUCGCCAUCUUCCACGGCUGGGGCGCCUGGUUUAACGCCGUGGUGCUCGUGUUGGGAGAGGGGCUUGUGAUUAUUCAGGGUCUGUUUGAAGGAUUCUUUGUGGACGAAUGCCGGGUUGAUGCCUUCGAUGCUACCUUGAUCAACUACUCCCUGACGGACCUCAUCGCCCCACACCGCGUGCUCUUCCUCGACGCUCCCAACUCGGUCAAGAUGCUCGGCAAACCGACCAGCCCAGCCGCCUACUCCCCCUGGAGCCUCGUCCAGAUCGCCGAGCUCAUCUUCUUCCUGCCCCUCAACCUGGUCCCGUAUGUCGGCACUCCGGCAUUCAUCAUCAUCACGGGGACGAGGUUGGGCAAGCUCGCGCACUACCGGUGGUUCAAACUGCGGGGGAUGGACAGGUCCGCGCGGAACGCAGAGAUACGCAGCCGGUCGUGGGAGUAUGCCUGGUUCGGCACGGUGGCGAUGAUAUUGGAGCUGGUGCCGGUGCUGUCGCUGUUCUUCCUGCUCACAACGACGACUGGGGCGGCUAUGUGGGUAGCGAGAAUGGAGAGGGAGGCCCGGGAGGACGUGCAAGCGCAGAGACCUGGGUUCGUGACGGCCGUUGUGGAUGGUGGUGAGGAGGGCACGGCACCGCCUCCGUAUGGGCAGUAUCAGGAUGAUCCCGUCUGA